AUGGCUCUUGGCAAGUUGCCAUCAUCAAAUUUUGGCAAUAUUUCACGCUGGUAUAAACAUAUUGACUCUUUCGGUGAGGAAAGAAAAAAGUUUCCUAAUCCACAGGAAAGUGGUAAUCCUGAACCAGUCAAAUGUUCCUCAGCUGCCUCAAAUGACCUGGUAGAUGAUUUGUUCGACUCUGAUGAUGAAGAGGAUGCAGAGUAUGAAAAAGUAAAAGCUGAACGCCUAGCUUCCUAUUCAGCGAAAAAAGCACAAAAGCAAGGUCCUGUGGCCAAAUCCACCAUUGUUCUUGAUGUUAAACCAUGGGAUGAUGAAACUAAAAUGGAAGAUAUUGAAGCAGCUGUCCGCAGCAUUCAACUUGAUGGCCUGUUGUGGGGUGCAUCCAAAUAUGUCCCUUUGGCCUAUGGUAUCAAAAAGCUUCAGAUUGGCUGUGUUGUUGAAGACGAUAAGGUCGGAACUGAUUUGUUAGAAGAAGAAAUUAUGAAGUUUGAAGAUCUCGUACAAUCAGUUGAUGUUGCUGCUUUUAACAAACUAUAAUUUUAUUCUGGUAUAUUAAAAGUUCUGUUAG